UGAAGAGUCAGAAGCGUGCCAGGAGAAGGCAUCGGGUGAUCCCAUGAUCCCGUCUUCCAGGGCAUUCAACCAAAAUAGAAGAUUGCUAGGAGGGCGGAUCUCGGUUUGUCUGGAAGAUAAAAAGGCUCCCUCCACCGUUUCUGCUUUUCAUUUUGUGCAGGGCUGCCAAGCAGGUUCUGCUUUGGGCUUCGCGUACCGUAGAGACAAUCUUCGCACCCGUCCUUUCGGUGAGGAGCAGUACAGACAGUCCUCGACAUACGACCCCAGUCGGGACCGGCGUUUCCGUUGCUAAGCGAGGCGGUUGCUGAAAUAACCGAAUGACAGUGUCGGAAGGGACCUUGGAGGUCUUCUAGUCCUACCCCCUACUCAAGCAGGAGACCGUAUGCUAUUCCAGACAAAUGGUUGUCCAAUCUCUUCUUAAAAACUUCCAGUGUUGGAGCAUCCACAACUUCUGGUGGCAAGCUGUUCCACUGAUUAAUUGUUCUCACUGUCAGGAAGUUUCUCCCUAGUUCCAGGUUGCUUCUCUCCUUGAUGAGUUUCCAUCCGUUGCUUCUUGUCCUGCCUUCAGCGUUGGCCCAAGACCAGGAUGGCCUCUAACCACACCGAGCCCUGGUUCCAGAAGCUGGACUUGAUGUUGAGGCUCUUCAACGGUACCCUCUCACGCGUGGAGCCGUGUCCCCAGCUGGGCAAGGCCGACCGGGAGGGAAAAGACACCUACGCUUACAUGUACAUCGUUUUCAUUAUGCUCCUGUUCGCCCUGACGGUGGGCAGCCUGAUCCUGAGCUACACCCGAUCCCGAGAGGUGGAUAAACCCAGCGAUCCUUACCACAUGUACAUCAAGAACCGGGUGUCCAUGAUUUGAAGGAGAAGGAGCCACGGUACUCCUCACGGGCCUUUCGGUCGGCAAGGGAAACUGUGUCGAGUCUCGAACUCAGGACUUGGGGAAGGUCUAUGUUCCGAGGAGUGUGGAGAGAGAAAAAAAAUUGCAGGGUCUGUGAAGAAGUCACAGAGGAUGACAUUGCCUGCCUCAAAUUACCCAUUUAUAAAGUUUUGUAAAGUAAUUUUUAAAAAACUUACCUAAUGGUAAACUUGAUCAAUCUGUCUCUUCCUAUCAAUAAACCAGUUGGAAGGCA